GCCCGACAUGCAGCAGAAAUUGGAGCCGAUGGCAUUGCUGUUAUUGCCCCUUUCUUUCUCAAGCCUCAGAACAAAGAUGUCCUGAUUAGUUUCCUGGGGGAGGUGGCUGCUGCGGCCCCUGCACUGCCAUUUUAUUAUUAUCACAUUCCUUCCUUGACAGGGGUAAAGAUUCGUGCUGAGGAGCUGUUGGAUGGGAUUCAGGAUAAGAUCCCCACCUUUCAAGGGCUGAAAUUUAGCGACACUGAUCUUUUAGACUUUGGGCAGUGUGUUGAUCAGAAUCACCAACGACAGUUUGCUUUGCUCUUUGGUGUGGAUGAGCAACUGUUGAGUGGUCUGGUGAUGGGAGCUACUGGAGCAGUGGGCAGUACCUAUAACUACCUGGGGAAAAAGACAAACCAGAUGUUGGAGGCUUUCGAACAGAAAGAUUUCUCAUCAGCUCUCAAUUACCAGGUAAACUUGUUCUUCCCCUCAUGUAAGGCACAGCCUUCUUCAUCAAACAGUACCUAUAACUACCUGGGGAAAAAGACAAACCAGAUGUUGGAGGCUUUCGAACAGAAAGAUUUCUCAUCAGCUCUCAAUUACCAG